AUGUCAGACUUUCUUCUUGGAAAAGAUGUAUACUCACAGGGAAAGAAAUCAUUGAAAUCGCUUUGUAAACAUCAGCAAACCCUUGCCAAUCCAAUUGUUCCAAUUUUCCUCAUUAUAGAUAUCAAGAUAAAUCUCGUUAGAAACAAAGACUACAUUCCAAGAAUAAUCCCACUCACACAUAAACUAGAUGAACCAGGUAACAAGUCAAUCGUAUUAAUCACAAAGGAUCCUUCCACUGCAUAUAGAAAUACCUUGACUGCCAAGGAUUGUCCUACUGAAGAUACAUUCAACCAAAUACUUUCCUUAACUAAGCUUAAAUCCUUUGCUAAGGAUCCCAGAAAGUUGACUAGAUUGUUCAAGGAGAAUGACAUUAUAGUGGCCGAUAACCGAGUACACAAGUUCUUACCCAACAUACUUGGUGCUACGUUCUAUGUCAAGAAUAAAAAAGUUCCCUUCAUGGUUCAAAUGGCUAAACCUAGCGCCACGGCCCAACUAGUCAAGCUGAAAAAAUCUAACAAGUUAAAGGACGAACGGUGUGAUCCAAAAUACGUAUACAAGCAAAUAGAGAGCAUUGUUGGAAACACUUCUUAUAUUCCAUCAGACAAUGGAACGUGUCUUUCUUUUAAAAUUGGGUACACCAAUUGGGAGGAGCUGGACUUGUUGGCCAACAUCAAUGAUAUUAUACUGUACAUGACUGAUGCUAAAUACUUACCGGUUGGUGGUACCUUAAAGAACGUUAGUAAUAUAGGAAGUGUACAUGUAAAGACUGGUGAAAGUGUUAGUUUACCUGUUGUUACUGCUUCUGCAGAGGAAGCUACUGGUGAUGAUCAAGACGACGAUAGUGAUUUUUAUUUCUAG